AUGAUAUCUCGGCGGUUGCGACAUCUUCUAUCCCUGGGAGGUUUCAAACUCACAAAAUGGAUCAGCAACAACAAAGAGGUCCUUAACACGAUACCACUUGAAAGUCGACAUACUGGAGUGAAGGAAGUGAACCUGGGAUGUGAAGACCUACUCACGGAGAGAGCCUUGGGAGUCAUGUGGGACCUAAAUGGAGACCAGUUUGCAGCAAAGGUUCAGGUUCCCACCCGACCAGCGACAAAAAGGGGCUUAGUUGCAGUGGUAAGCUCGGUGUACGACCCUUUAGGAUUCUUCUGCCCUUUCACCAUCAAAGCCAAGCUCAUUUUUCAAGACGAAUGCAGGCGGAAGAAGGACUGGGACGAAGACAUCACCAAGCAAAACCUUCACAAGUGGUUGCGCUGGCUUGAAGAUUUGAAAUCACUGCGAAACUUCAAAGUUCCUCGCUGCUACAGACCUGGGGGCCUGGGUUGUGCCACCUCAUCGCAACUCCAUCACUUCUGUGACGCCUCACAAGUGGCCUAUGCAGUUGUAACAUACCUACGGACAGUAGAUAAUGAAGGUAAUGCCAGAUGUUCUUUCGUUUGUGGCAAGGCUCGUCUGGCCCCUCUCAAACAGCUAACGGUCCCAAGGCUAGAACUCUGUGCAGCAGUCCUGGCGACAAGAGUAGACCAGACAAUCAAGCGUGAAAUUGGAGUCCCACUUGAAGAGUCCGUGUUCUGGACUGGCAGUAUGAUUGUGAUCAUGUACAUCAGUAACCUAGAGAAACGUUUCCAUACCUUCGUUGCCAACAGGAUCUCAGCUAUACAUGAAGUCACGGAAAAGGCCCAAUGGAGACAUGUACGAUCAAGAUGGAAUCCAGCAGAUGAUGCUACAAGAGGCAUACCUGUUGAAGACAUAUUAAAAGAAUGCAGAUGGAUUGAUGGUCCUUCUUUUUUGUCUCUACUUGAGGAGUACUGGCCGAAAAGACCAGAAAUCAGACACGAACUUGAGAAUGAUCCAGAGGUUAAGCUCGAGGCGGUGUCAUUAGCCACAGCAGGAAAUAAUGCUGAUGCCAUCAUGAAACUGCUAUGGAACAGGUACUCAUCAUGGCAUGCGCUGCAGAGAGGUGUAUCCUGGAUCAGGUGA